GGUGAGGAGCGGCGGUCGGUAUGGGUUUUUCCACGGUGGUUCUGUAAGGAGGGGUGUUAAUGCAUUGCCGUGAGGGGGAUCUUGCAAAUGCGUGAUCACCGCGGUGGGAGCUCUGAUGGUUACGGGGGAAUAGGGGCUGCGAACUCAGCUCUAGAGAGAGGGGAGCGGGAAUCCUUGACAUCAAAUCCCUCAACGCCCUAGGGUCCCUGUACCCCUGACUGCCGCGGGGAGGGGCUCAGAAGCCAGCGAACUGAGGGAGCUGAGAACCCUACUCCCAGGGAGGUACGGGACAGGACCCCUGAGAGCCGGUGGGAGACGUUCCAGUGCGUGACUGCUGUUUUGGUAGGUGCCUUAAGCACUUGAAAUAGGCAGGGGUUCUGAGGCUGGAGAGAGGUCCUGCUAGGGCAGUUGAGAGGGUACCAAAGGGGAUACGGUGAUUUGAAAAAGGGUGGGGUGAUGAUUUGUGUGACCCUGAGCUAGUCACAUCAGGGCUCUGGAUGUCUUUCUCAUGUGUAAAGGGGAGGGGUUGGGACUCGGAGCCAUCUUUGGGAGUAAACGUGCGGUAGCAACUGUCGGAUCCUGAGAGGGAGGAUGGGCUUGUGCAGAUUGGUUGUAUACUUGUCUUCCUGAGCCCCUGGCGGUGAGGAGGCACCAACAGAGUGCUCUGGUAUCUGUCUGUACAAGCAACGAGGCCUGUGGUAAAGUGACCUGCGGUAAGGUGGAAGAGUGAGGAAGUGGGGUUCCUAGGAAGUCACUGGGGCUGGUGGCUGCUAGGGUGAUCUCAAGGACUUUGUGAGCAUGUGAAAACUGGGACUGUGAUGAUUUGAAGUGUGUGGAGAGUGCAAACUGAAUGUCCCAGGGUAGAGGAGAGGUUGGAUGGAGUCUGUGUUUUAGGCACCAAACUUAGAAUUGGCUGAGUGUUUGAGAGACCCAGGUUCCCAGAGCUGGUAACACCUCAAAGGUUCCUGAAGGGUAAGAAAUCAGAAUGACAAGCCAUUAUCAGAGCUCAGAUUUGAAUCCUGAGUCCCAUUUGUUAAGAGCCUGAGAACUGAUUAUGAGACAUUUUAGGCAAGUUUGGUAACUUCUGAGCCUUAGUUGGUCCUUGUGGAAUGGGGAUAAUUAUACCCAUUUCACAGGAUUGUUCUGAAGAUUAAAUAAGAUAAUGUAUGUAAAGUGCUCAGCGCAAUGCCUGGGUCAUGUUUUUAAUUUUUUUUUUUUUAGGUAAAAGAAAAUUGCUAUAGGGUGACAAAAGAACAGUGACAGGGUGUAAGAUUUAUGUGAAUGCUGUGGUUGGGAACUAUUCUCAUAUUCUUUUUUUUUUGCAAAUUUUGGUGACCCCCACCCCAUUUCCCUCUUCCUGGUUCUUGUCUUGAGGCACCAGCCCCAAACCUUCAUUCCUCCCUUUUAUCCCUCUCCCAAGAUCCAAGGCCCCAGGCUGGGCCACUUGCUCUUUCCCAGUUCGAGUUCCUCAUCCUAGACCCAUUCUCCUCCCUAUCCCUCCUCCCUGUCUCUGCUACCAUAGUAACAAGAGAUUCAGGCUCUGAAGGGGGCCUCAGGGAAGGAGCAAAGGUCUCUUGCAGAACCUGGCCUCCAACUUACCCGCCCUGGCUUUGGGAUCGGGCCAGCAGAUGUGUACAGUCUGGAAGAGGGGGAAAGCCAAUGCCAGGAGCUGUAGGAGCAAGCCAAGGGGAGGGCGGAUGCGAGUCUGGAGAAGAGAGCCAGGCGUGGGGGCGGGGGAGGGGGGGACCCCUUCCUCCUAAUCCUCUCUCCAGGAAUCCCUGGCUUUGGGACAGGAUGGCUAUCGUUGGGUUGGGGGGAGGCGUCCAGGCUGGGUGCAUGUCCUGGGCUACCAGCCAAAAGAACAUGAUGUUCCCAAGUUCUCUGGCCGCCGCCCUCUCGGGCUGGCCGCCUCCCAAACCGCUGCCUCUCCAGCCUCCCUGCCCCACAUUCCCCGGCUGCCUCGCCCCGCCCCCUUCCUCCGCUUGACGUCACCGCCGCCUCCCGCCCCCUCUCCUCCAUUGACGGCAGCAGGGUCUGGUUACUGUGGGGACCGUGAGGCAGGAUCCUGAUUAGGGCCUUGAGAGCUGCUGGAGCGCUGGACCCUUUUGUCUACGCAAAAGGAAAAUAUGGAGGUGGAGGUGGAGAGCAAGGAUCGCCUGUGCCGGGGGAGAUCACAUCUAGAGCCCUAAGGAGUGCUGAGGAAGAAGAAAAAGGAUGUUUCCAGAGAAGAGGUGUCUGAAAAGGAGACAAGGGACUGGGCCACAAUAUAUGAGUUGUGGGGGCAUUUUCAAGGAGAGAAGACUGAGAAUCCAGGCUCCUCAAUCCUUUAUUUCCUGUGUUUUCUUGCUUUGGUUUUUCUGGGUUAUUCUGUAAGCUUUUCCACAGAGCCCUGACCCUGCCCACCCCCCCCACCCCCCCAUGGGGAACACAAUUGUUAAGGAAAGAUUAGGCCACGUAACAGGCGUGUGCACCCACGCUGAUUACGUCAGCAUCAGCCUCUUCACUUGCCACCCACGUUUCCAGGGAGCCCUGAGAGGAACUACACAUCAGUCUUGGAUGGAGGGGGUCUGUGUAACUGAAGCUCUUCGCGGCCCAAGCUGGCACUUUAUUCCCCCAAAUUUAGGACUCAGUGUUCUGCUUCUUGCCUCUUAAAAAAAAAAAUUAUAAUUUCAGGCUCCUUCUCUAUUACUGAGGCCCCUCCCCCUCCCCUACCUCUAGUUACAAAGUCACCAUGUUUAUGAUCACCUACUGCGUGUCAGGUUCUCUCCUGGGGGCUGCGGAAUACAGUUAAGCAGACAGGUGAUGAGGUCCUUGGCUUUCUCUUCUCCUUGCGGUGGGGACCUGAAGCCCUUGCCACCCCACCUUUGUCUAAGGUCUCUUCUCUCAGCCACCGCUUUGUUCCCCUGCAGCCCUGGCUGCCUGGCCCCUACUUUUGGUGCAGCCGUAACUGGGGGUGGCUGCAUCCUCAGGAGAGAAGCGCUAGUCACCACGUAGGUUGCCCGGUGACCUUUUCUCUGAUUGGCCAUGGAAACACCUGCCAUUGUUUCCCUUCACAGCUCCUGUUGGCUCUGGCUGCCCCUUCUAUUGUUUGCAUCCUUCCCCCCACUCCACCCCCUCCUCAGAUGUGGACCCUCGAUUACCCUCCUCCUAGCUGUCCACAGGAUUUGAAGUGUCAGAGGAAGGGAUUGGGUAAAAGGGCUCUAUUGUGAUGACAAGGCUGGGGAGGGGAACCUAGGAAAGGCCAAGCUGGGUUUUCUGUCCAUCUCCUCCCAGGGACCAGCUGUCUCAUCCAGCUUGGCCCACCUCCUAAGGUCUGCAUUCUUUCUGCCCACCCCUGGCAAGGCCAGGGUGUCCUGUUGUGCAAGGCUGGUCGGUUCAGGAAGUAGACUUAUCUUAAAUACCUACUGUGGCCCUGGUAUGUUCUCUGAAGAGGGACAGCUUACCUCCCCUCCCUUCCCCUCCCCUCCCUUCCAUUAUUUACUGUACAAGGCGUCCCGCGCCCAUUGGCUGGGCUGUGGUGUCUGGGGCCCUUCAGCCCAGCGCCAGCACCCAGAUCCACGUGCGCCCGUGUGUGUGACACAGCCCUGACCUCAGUGGGGGCCAGUAGCCAAUCAGGCGCCGGGACGAGAUCCCCAGCCAAUUGGGGGCGGGGCCUGUGGCUCCGCCGGCAGGAGGCCAAUGAGGGGCAGCGCCUGGCGUUAUGCAACCCGCCUCCUGGCCCCGCGGAGCUUGCACUCAGCUGCGGGCUGCAACGGCGGCGGGCAGGCGACCGGAGGGCGCUCGCGCGGCCAGGCGCUGGCUGUGAUCAAACUUCUCAGCUCUCUGAGGCUUGAGUCUCCCACCUCGCUCCCCUGGCCAGGCCUCCCGGCCCCCUCGUGCCUCUCUGGUGGCCUCUCCGCCUUCCCUGUUCUCCUGCGCUCCCCAUGGCCCAGACAUGAGCGGCCCCCUCGAAGGGGCUGAUGGGGGAGGGGACCCCAGGCCGGGGGAAUCCUUUUGUCCUGGAGGGGCUCCAUCCCCUGGGCCUCCACAGCAUCGACCUUGUCCUGGCGCCAGCCUGGCUGACGACACGGAUGCCAACAGCAAUGGCUCCAGCGGCAAUGAGUCCAAUGGACCGGAGUCCAGGGGUGCAUCUCAGCGGAGCUCACAUAGCUCCUCCUCCGGCAAUGGCAAGGACUCGGCCCUGCUGGACACCACUGAAAGCAGCAAGAGCACAAACUCUCAGAGCCCAUCCCCACCCAGCAGUUCCAUUGCCUACAGCCUCCUGAGUGCCAGCUCAGAGCAGGACAACCCGUCUACCAGUGGCUGCAGCAGUGAACAGUCAGCUCGGGCAAGGACCCAGAAAGAACUCAUGACGGCGCUGCGGGAGCUCAAGCUUCGGCUGCCACCAGAGCGCAGGGGCAAGGGCCGCUCUGGGACCCUGGCCACGCUGCAGUACGCACUGGCCUGUGUCAAGCAGGUGCAAGCCAACCAGGAAUACUACCAGCAGUGGAGCCUGGAGGAGGGCGAGCCUUGUGCCAUGGACAUGUCCACCUACACUCUGGAGGAACUGGAGCACAUCACAUCUGAGUACACGCUUCGCAACCAGGAUACUUUCUCCGUGGCUGUCUCCUUCCUGACAGGCCGCAUCGUCUACAUUUCUGAGCAGGCAGGUAUCCUGCUGCGCUGCAAGCAGGAUGUGUUCCGCGGUGCCCGCUUCUCAGAGCUCCUGGCUCCCCAGGAUGUGGGCGUCUUCUAUGGUUCCACUGCCCCAUCUCGCCUGCCCACCUGGGGCACGGGGGCCUCGGCAGGUUCAGGCCUCAAGGACUUCACCCAGGAGAAGUCUGUCUUCUGCCGUAUCAGAGGGGGUCCUGACCGAGAUCCCGGGCCUCGGUACCAGCCAUUCCGCCUAACCCCAUAUGUGACCAAGAUCCGGGUCUCUGAUGGGGCCCCUGCACAGCCGUGCUGCCUGCUGAUCGCAGAGCGCAUUCACUCUGGUUAUGAAGCUCCCCGGAUUCCCCCCGACAAGAGGAUCUUCACUACGAGGCACACGCCCAGCUGCCUCUUCCAGGAUGUGGAUGAAAGGGCCGCCCCGUUGCUGGGCUACCUCCCCCAGGACCUCCUGGGGGCCCCAGUGCUCCUUUUCCUGCAUCCCGAGGACCGACCCCUCAUGCUGGCCAUCCACAAAAAGAUCCUGCAGCUGGCUGGCCAGCCCUUUGACCACUCCCCUAUCCGCUUCUGCGCCCGGAAUGGGGAGUACGUCACCAUGGACACCAGCUGGGCUGGCUUCGUGCACCCCUGGAGCCGCAAGGUGGCCUUUGUGUUGGGCCGCCACAAAGUACGCACGGCGCCCCUGAAUGAAGACGUGUUCACUCCCCCAGUCCCCAGUCCCGCUCUCUCCCUGGACCCUGAUAUCCAGGAGCUCUCUGAGCAGAUCCACCGGCUGCUGUUACAGCCUGUGCACAGCCCCAGCCCUACCGGGUUCUGUGGAGUCGGCCAGGUGACUUCCCCAGGCCCUCUCCUCAGCCCUGGCUCCUCCAGUGCCAGCAACGGGGGUGACGCCGAGGGACCUGGGCCUCCUGCACCGGUGACCUUCCAGCAGAUCUGUAAGGACGUGCACCUGGUGAAGCAUCAGGGGCAGCAGCUUUUUAUUGAGUCCCGGGCCCGGCCUCUGCCCCGGCCCCGUGUCCCUGCUGCAGGCACAUUCAAGGCCAAGACCCUUCCCUGCCAAUCUGCAGACCCAGAGCUGGAGGUGGCACCUGCUCUGACCCAGGCCCCACUAGCCUCGGCUCCUGAGGAGGCUGAGCGGAAAGAAGCCUCCAGUUGCUCCUACCAGCAGAUCAACUGCCUGGACAGCAUCCUCAGGUACCUGGAGAGCUGCAACCUCCCCAGCACGACCAAGCGCAAGUGCACCUCCUCCUCGUCCUGCACCGCCUCUUCGGCCUCCGACGAGGACAGGCAGCGGGCGGGAGCGGUCUCUGUGGGGGCCGAGAAAGAUCCAUCGGCAGUGCUGUCUGGGGAGGGGGCCGCCCCUCUGAAGGAGCCGGUGGUGGGAGGAGGCGCCCUGAGCCCGCUCGCCCUGGCCAAUAAGGCGGAGAGCGUGGUGUCCAUCACCAGUCAGUGUAGCUUCAGCUCCACCAUCGUCCAUGUGGGAGACAAGAAGCCCCCGGAAUCGGACAUCAUCAUGAUGGAGGACCUGCCUGGCUUGCCUCUUGGCCCAGCUCCCAGCCCAGCCCCCAGCCCCACGGUGGCCCCUGACCCAGCCGCAGGUGCCUACCGGCCAGUGGGCCUGACCAAGGCUGUGCUGUCCCUGCACACCCAGAAGGAGGAGCAGGCCUUCCUCAGCCGUUUCCGUGACCAUGGCAGGCUGCGUGGACUUGACGGCUCCUCCACGGCCCCCUCGGGCCCCGGCUGCCGCCACGGCCCCGCAGCCCCCGGCCGCCGCCACCACUGCCGAUCCAAAGCCAAGCGCUCCCGCCAGCACCCGACCCCUCAGGCCGAAGCCCCCUGCCCCGUCUCCCACCCGUCACCUGUGCCAUCCUCUGCCCCCUGGCCCCCACCACCAGCCACGCCGCCCUUCCCGGCUGUGGUCCAGCCCUGCCCCCUCCCCGCGUUCUCCCCCAGAGGAGGCCCCCAGCCUCUCCCUCCUGCACCCACAUCUGUGUCUCCUGCAGCUUUCCCUGCCCCACUGGUGACCCCAGUGGUGGCCUUGGUGCUCCCUAACUAUCUCUUCCCUGCCCCACCCACCUACCCCUGUGGGGCACCCCAGGCCCCCGCCUCCCACUCCCCUUCUCCGUCCCUGCCCCUGCCGCCCCCCAGCCCUCCCCGCCGCCCCGACUCUCUGCUCUUCAACUCGAGAUGCAGCUCCCCGCUCCAGCUAAACCUGCUGCAGCUUGAGGAGCGCCCCCGUGUCGAGGGGAGUAGUGCUGGGCGCCCCCCUCCCAGCGAGGAGACUGCCGACCCAGCGGCCAGACCGGUGGAGAUAACUGAGUCCUCCAACCAGGACGCGCUCUCGGGCUCCAGCGACCUGCUGGAGUUGCUGCUGCAGGAGGACUCGCGCUCUGGCACGGGCUCUGCUGCCUCGGGCUCCUUGGGCUCUGGCUUGGGCUCUGGGUCUGGCUCAGGCUCCCAUGAGGGGAGCAGCACCUCAGCCAGCAUCACGCGCAGCAGUCAGAGCAGCCACACGAGCAAGUACUUCGGCAGCGUCGAUUCUUCCGAGGCUGAGGCUGGGGCUGCCCGUGCCAGGGCUGAGCCCGGGGACCAGGUCAUUAAGUACGUGCUCCAGGAUCCCAUCUGGCUGCUCAUGGCCAAUGCUGACCAGCAUGUCAUGAUGACCUAUCAGGUGCCCUCCAGGGACAUGGCCUCUGUGCUGAAGCAGGACCGGGAGCGGCUCCGGGCUAUGCAGAAGCAGCAGCCUCGGUUCUCAGAGGACCAGCGGAGGGAACUGGGUGCUGUGCACUCCUGGGUCCGGAAGGGUCAACUGCCUCGGGCCCUUGAUGUGAUGGCCUGUGUGGAUUGCGGUAGCAGCACCCAAGACCCUGACCACCCUGAUGACCCACUCUUCUCGGAAAUGGAUGGACUGGGGCUGGAGCCCAUGGAGGAGGGUGGGGGCGAGGCGGGUGGCGGUGGUGGUGAGGGCGAGGGCGGUGAUGAGGCCCAGGCCCAAGCUGGGGCCGCGGUCUCAAGCUCUCAGGACCUGGCCAUGGAGGAGGAGGAACAAGGUGGGAGCUCAUCCAGUCCAGCCUUACCUGCCGCAGGAAAUGGCACCAGCUAGACUACAUUUGGGGCCACCUCCGGGAAUGCAUGAGAAGCUUCCUUCUCCCAUGUCCCAACUCGCAGAACUCAGACGUGGCUGGACCAACCAAUAGAAAACUGUCCCGGCUUCUCCCGCUGUAGGGGGUGUGGGACCUCCCCCCGUCAGCAGCCCAGGAUCCAGGGGCUGCCUCUGGCCUCUUAGAGAACAGAGGGUGGCACUCUUUAGCCCAGCCCAGAGAAGCCGCACCUCCCAUCCCUGCUGAGGAGUCGUUCCUUCCCCUGGACAAGGUCGCUGACAAGCUGCUGAAGUGGUUCUCCAAGCCCCAGCUGAGCCGGAGUCCCUGUCCCUGCGGCUUGGGGCUGCGUUUAUUUAUUUGGAGAGCCAGCCCUCUGAGGCCCAAGCAGGACCCAGUGGUCCAGACCCCUAGCUGCUCCGGGGUGGGGGAGGUUGGUGGACCGUGGAGUCCCUGGUGCUGCCCCUCAGGUGGGACCCAGGUGUUCUCAGCUGUACCCUCUACCGCUGACAUUUGUGUUUUUGAUAUCGUGUCUGUUAUUUUUUAAUAUAAAAAGAAAAAAUACCA